AUGUUUGCGUGUUCUUUGUGCGGUUUUGAGGCGCCUUUCAAGCACUUUGGGGCCAGCCUUCCGAGCGUGUGCAGCUUUCUUGAGGAAGGAUGGCUAGCCGUGGACCCUUUUUCCAUCCAAGCUCGGCCUGUUUUCCUUGGCGCACCGUGUAGUGCCUGUGGGCGGGCGGUUUGCACAGCGGAAGCAUGCUCGGUUUUCUACUCCAAGCGCUUCUGCAGGCCUUGUGCUAGGAGCAACGCGGAAGCUUUUCCAGCUGCAGUCCGUAAGGCAGCUCCUAACGUCUUUGCUGCUAGCCAGCAGCAGUAA